CAGCCCCAACGAUUAGCACUGUUGGGGUUGAUAUUUUUCUAUUUUGGAAAAUUGACUUGUACCAACGGUUGUAUUCGUUGGUGUAAAUAAUCGGCCCCAACGGUUAUAAACAUUGGGGCUAACAUUUCUUUUUCGAAUAAUUAACUUCAUUAUUUACUUGUCUCCACGGUUUUAACCAUUAGGGCCGAUAUUUAAAUUAUUGGGUCUGAGCCAGCACUGACGCGCUAUGCCCUAACGGUUUAUUUUUUGGCCCCGAUGGUGCCAAUCAUUGGGGUCAUAGUUAGGACCAGCGGUUUUAACUGUUGGGGCUAGCCUUGUUUGUAGUAGUGAUGUAAGGGGUGUGGUAUGCAUUGUGAUUAAGUAGGUAGAACAACGGUGGUUAAGAUAAAAUUAUAGGCAAUGGGCUUAAUUAAUUCAAUAUGAUUGCAACAGCACAUAGAUCAUGUCCUGCACGUUGAGGAUGGAACCCACGUCUACUAGCAAAAAUUACUUGUCAGAAUAUAAGGAAGAAGUCAAUAAAUACACAGAAAUAUGGAGCCAGCCAUAGAUAAGAGAGCUGAAAGAGCUGUACUCUUUCUUUUUCUGGUUCAACUUCUUGUGGGAUUAUGGGCCGGCCCAACACAAGCUUCUGCUUGAACAGGUUUCCACUCUGUUUUCGGGUUGGGUCACCGAGAAAGAUGGAUCCGAAACCAAUAUCUGCUGCAGUCGGGUCAGGCUCCGAUAAGAGUUGGAGCCUUGGAUCAGAGACCGGUGGGAGGAGGAUCAUGGUGGUUGUGAAUUCCAGCAGGGAAUCCAAAACUGCGCUCCAAUGGACACUAUCUCAUACUGUACAGAAUCACGACACGAUUGUCGUUGUUGCUGUAAUAAAACCCACUUCAACGCAGGCUCAUGGUGAUCUAUCUGAGAAGAAGAAAGAUCCUAGGAAAUUAUGCGCCUUUGUGUGCCAUGAAAACUUUUUGUCAAGCCAGGAGACCAGAGGUUGAGGUGGAGGUUAGUCUGGUGAAAGGAGAAGAGCCAGGUCCAGCGAUCGUGGCUGAGGCCAAACGGCAAGCAGCGUCCCUCUUGGUCCUGGGGCAGAAGAAGCGGUCGAUGGCGUGGCGGCUGAUGAUGAC